AUGCCCAAGCUUUAUCACUUUCGUACGCUAUGGUUACAAACGGGCAAAACCAGUUCAGUCAAUCAGAGAGAGGUGCUUAGUUGCAUCACCUUCGAUAGAUCCAAUCUACCCGAUAAGAAACGUAUUGCGUUUGGAGUUCAAAUAUUUCGAGAGUUUACCAUCUGGAUGAUUCAACGAAAAGAAGAGAAACUAAUGUCACCGGUGAAACAAGAAGUGGAAGAUUACUAUGAAGCGUCCACAGCCAGUAUCUCGUCUCGGGAUAAUUUCUCUGAUGUUGAUUUUCUAAAAGAAAAAUUUGAUUAUCCGGCUUAUAUACCGCCUAUAAAUUUUCAAAGUGAUUCAUCAAGCGUACACUCGUACAAAUAUUCGUAUAACUGCGAUUCGGAUAGUUCGCUUCGUGAGCUUCCCUCUGAUACGGAAGUUAAAAAGGAAAAGACAAAGAGAACCGAAGAGAAACCUUAUAUCAGGAGAGAGAGUUUAUUUUCUACGCAGUUGAAUUCUGUCGACAUGCCCUGGUUAAGCCCACCCGAGCCGACCAAUGACGUGGUUGAAAUGACGGAAUAUGAAGAAAUACAACUUCUCAAAACUAUUGAGGCCCUGGUACUUAAAGUACGGGAAAGCGGGAAAAAGGCCUAUCUCUCUCAACUUAAGGCCAAACUGGCACUACGCAGGCUAAAACGACAUAAGCAUAUUCCUGUUUUUGAUCUUGAUAAGACCGUGAAGAUCCUGGGCGGUUACGUCACAGAAGAAAAGAAGAUCAUCUCAAACAUUGAACGUGUACUCGACAGAUUCCAGAGAUCUUACCUAAUAGACAACCUCAGUGGUACGAUAGCGAGUACGAACUAUGGCACAGUGUUGCUAUCCAGCAUGGAGACUGCGCCCUUCAGGUCGAGUUAUUCUGGCGCUACCCUCAAACCGUUUAUACGACGAGAUAGCGAGACUACCCCCAUCUGGCUUAAACUUAUGGACGAGCUGCUACGAAAAACGCAUAAGCACGAAGAAGGGUACAAUCCGCCACCGCGCGCGACCAUCGACUAUUCAUAUUUGAAACCACAACAUAUUGCGGCCGUAAACAAAUUGUGCGCGCAGUACUUCUGGCCUGGGAUUGACUUGACAGAAGCCCUGCAGUACCCUGAGUUUAGCUGCGUUGUGACAUACAAGAAAUUAGUUAUAGGAUGUGCCUUCCUGGUUCCGGAUGUUGGACACAAUCAAGCCUAUAUCUCAUUUGUAUUGACACGACCCGAAUGGCGAAGAGCAAAUAUUGCAACAUUCAUGUUAUAUCAUCUCUUACAGACAUGUUCUGGCCAGGAUGUGACACUGCACGUCUCUCCUACAAAUCCAGCCAUAUUUCUAUAUCAAAAAUUUGGUUUUAAGGUCGAAGAGUUAAUUCAAGAUUUUUACGAAAAAUACUACGACAUGGAUUAUAAAGGAUGUCGACACGCACUGUUCCUUCGACUAGUCCGAUGA